CACCAUUGUACAUGCGCUAGCUUUCUCCCACUCUGCACAGAUUGUCAACUAUAAUGUAUUUUUAUCGGGUUUUUUCCACUUCAUAUUUGCUCCCAAAUGCUGACACUCUGUGGGAAUGCAUAAAGAGUGAACUGCAAAGAUGAGUACGGAUGCUGAAAUGUCCGUGUUUGGGGAGGCGGCUCCUUACUUAAGACGACCCGAGCGGGAGCGGAUCGAGGCCCAAAACCGUCCCUUUGACGCCAAAACGUCAGUGUUUGUGGUGGAUCCAAAGGAGCUGUUUGUUAAAGGCACUAUACAGAGCAAAGAGAAGGGGAAAGUGACUGUUAAAACAGACGCUGGAAAGGUGGUAAAUGUGAAGGAUGACGAAGUGUUCCCCAUGAACCCCCCCAAGUUUGACAAAAUUGAGGACAUGGCCAUGAUGACCCACCUCAAUGAGGCCGCCGUGCUGUAUAACCUCAAAGAGCGCUAUGCAGCAUGGAUGAUUUACACCUACUCUGGUCUCUUUUGUGUCACUGUCAAUCCUUACAAGUGGCUCCCAGUGUACAACCAAGAAGUGGUGGUGGCCUACAGAGGCAAAAAGCGCCAAGAGGCACCACCACACAUCUUCUCCAUCUCUGACAACGCCUAUCAGUUCAUGCUCACUGAUAGAGAAAACCAGUCCAUCCUUAUCACCGGAGAAUCCGGUGCAGGAAAGACUGUCAACACCAAGCGUGUCAUCCAAUACUUUGCAACAAUUGCAGGCUCUGGAGACAAAAAGAAAGAUGCUGCUGCCACAGGCAAGUUGCAGGGUAAUCUGGAGGACCAGAUCAUCUCUGCCAACCCAUUGCUUGAAGCUUUCGGAAAUGCCAAGACUGUCAGAAAUGACAACUCAUCACGUUUUGGCAAAUUCAUAAGAAUUCACUUUGGAACAACGGGGAAACUGGCCUCUGCUGAUAUAGAAACUUACUUGUUGGAAAAAUCCAGAGUUACCUUCCAGCUGGCCGCAGAGAGGAGCUACCAUAUUUUCUACCAGAUCAUGUCCAACAAGAAACCUGAGCUCAUAGAGACUCUGCUUAUUACCACCAACCCCUACGACUACCCCUUUGUCAGCCAGGGGGAGAUCAGUGUAGCCAGCAUUGACGAUAGUGACGAGCUGAUGGCCACAGAUAGUGCUAUUGAUGUCCUUGGAUUCACUGGAGAGGAGCGGAUUGGCAUUUACAAGCUAACUGGUGCUGUGAUGCAUUAUGGGAACAUGAAAUUCAAGCAGAAGCAGAGAGAGGAGCAGGCAGAGCCAGAUGGGACAGAGGUCGCCGACAAAGCAGCUUAUCUGAUGGGCCUCAACUCUGCAGAUCUAUUGAAAGCACUGUGUUACCCCAGAGUGAAAGUUGGUAAUGAGUAUGUAACCAAAGGACAGACUGUGCAACAGGUAUACAAUUCUAUUGGUGCUUUGGCUAAAUCUGUCUACGAGAAGAUGUUUCUGUGGAUGGUCAUCCGCAUCAAUCAGAUGCUGGACACCAAGCAGCCACGGCAGUUCUUCAUUGGAGUCUUGGAUAUCGCUGGCUUUGAAAUCUUUGACUACAAUAGUCUGGAGCAGCUGUGUAUCAAUUUUACCAAUGAGAAACUGCAACAGUUUUUCAAUCAUCACAUGUUUGUGUUGGAGCAAGAGGAGUACAAGAAGGAGGGCAUUGAGUGGGAGUUCAUUGACUUUGGGAUGGAUCUGGCUGCUUGUAUAGAACUCAUUGAAAAGCCGAUGGGCAUCUUUUCCAUCCUGGAAGAGGAAUGCAUGUUCCCAAAAGCGUCAGACACCACCUUCAAAAACAAAUUGUAUGACCAACAUCUUGGAAAAUCCAACAACUUCCAGAAGCCCAAGCCUGUCAAAGGAAAAGCCGAGGCUCACUUCUCCCUGGUGCACUAUGCUGGCACUGUGGACUACAGCAUCACGGGUUGGUUAGACAAGAACAAGGACCCGCUCAAUGAAACUGUAGUUCAGCUCUACCAGAAAGCAGGCCUAAAACUACUGGCAUUUCUCUAUUGCAGUUAUUCUUCAUCAGAUGACAACAGUGGCGGAUCUGGAGUUUCUGCAAAGAAAGCUGCAAAAAAGAAGGGCUCAUCCUUCCAGACAGUUUCAGCUCUCUUCAGGGAAAACCUCGGGAAACUAAUGACAAAUCUCAGGAGCACCCAUCCACAUUUUGUUCGGUGUCUCAUUCCAAAUGAAACUAAGACUCCAGGAAUUAUGGAGCACCAUCUGGUGAUACACCAGCUGCGCUGUAACGGUGUGCUGGAGGGUAUCAGGAUCUGCAGGAAAGGGUUCCCCAGUAGGAUCUUGUACGGGGAUUUCAAGCAAAGGUAUAAAGUACUGAAUGCCAGCGUGAUCCCUGAAGGUCAAUUCAUUGACAACAAGAAAGCUGCUGAGAAGCUCUUGGGAUCUAUUGAUGUGGAUCAUAUACAGUACAGAUUUGGCCAUACAAAGGUGUUCUUUAAAGCAGGACUUUUGGGUCUUUUAGAAGAAAUGAGGGAUGAACGACUUGCCUCCCUCAUCACCAUCACUCAAGCCUUGUGUCGUGGUUUCCUUAGGAGAAAGGACUUUCUGCAAAUGAUGGCAAGGAGAGAAUGUAUUUACACCAUCCAGUACAACAUUCGCUCCUUCAUGAAUGUGAAACACUGGCCCUGGAUGAAGCUUUACUUCAAGAUCAAGCCUCUGUUGCGAAGUGCUGAAACUGAGAAGGAAAUGGCCAUCAUGAAGGAAGAAUUCGCAAAGUGCAAAGAGGAUUUAGCCAAAGCCGAGGCUAAGAAAAAGGAGCUAGAAGCCAAAAUGGUUUCCCUCCUUCAAGAGAAGAAUGACUUAUGUCUGCAGAUCCAAACUGAAAGUGAAAGUCUGGCAGACGCAGAGGAGCGAUGUGAAGGACUCAUAAAGAACAAGAUCGUACUGGAGGCGAAAACCAAAGAACUCAGAGAAAGACUGGAGGAUGAGGAGGAGGUGAAUGCUGAGCUCACCGCUAAGAGGAGGAAGCUGGAAGACGAAUGCUCUGAGCUGAAGAGGGACAUUGACGACUUAGAACUCACCCUGGUUAAAGUUGAAAAGGAAAAACACGCCACUGAAAACAAGGUGAAGAAUCUGACAGAAGAGAUGUCUACUAUGGAUGACACCAUUGCCAUGUUAUCCAAGGAGAAGUCCGCCUUGCAGCAAGCACAUCAGCAGACCCUGGAGGAUCUGCAAGCAGAGGAAGACAAAGUCAACUCUCUGAGCAAAGCCAAAGUCAAGCUGGAGCAACAAGUUGAUGAUCUUGAGGGGUCUCUAGAACAGGAGAAAAAGAACCGCAUGGAUGUGGAAAGGUCCAAGAGGAAGAUAGAAGGAGAUCUUAAACUAGCCCAAGAAGCCAUAAUGGAUUUGGAAAAUGACAAACAACAGCUGGAGGAGAACCUUAAAAAAAAAGACUUUGAAUUAAGUCAACUUUCAUCUAAAAUUGAAGACGAGCAUAGUAUGGCUGGUCAGUCUCAGAAGAAGAUCAAGGAGCUGCAGGCACGCAUUGAAGACUUGGAAGAGGAGAUUGAAGCGGAGCACGUUGCCCGAGCCAAGGUGGAGAAGCAAAGGUGUGAACUGUCAAGGGAGCUUGAAGAGAUCAGUGAAAGGCUGGAGGAGGCCGGAGGGGCAACGGCAGCUCAGAUAGAGAUGAACAAGAAGCGAGAGGUGGAAUUUCAGAAACUGCGACGAGACCUUGAGGAGUCUACCAUCCACCAUGAGGCCAUAGCUGCCGCCUUGAGAAAGAAACACGCGGACAGUGUGGCCGAGCUGGGAGAGCACAUUGAAAACCUGCAGCGGGUCAAACAGAAGCUGGAGAAGGAGAAGAGCGAGUAUAAGAUGGAGAUUGAUGACAUGUCUGGUAAUGUUGAGGUUGCAGUUAAAGCCAAGAUCCAGUAUGAGAAGCUGUGUCACUCAAUGGAGGAGCAGCUGAGUGAAUACAAGACAAAACAUGAUGAAGACUCGCGUUUGAUCACUGAAUUAAAUGCCCAAAGGGCACGACUUCAGAAUGAAAAUGGUGAGUUUUCUCGUCUUCUUGAAGAGAAAGAAGCAAUCCUUUCCCAAAUGUCAAGAGCCAAGCUUGCCUUCACCCAGCAAAUUGAGGAACUCAAGAGGCAGGUUGAGGAGGAAACAAAGGCUAAGAGUGCCAUCGCCCACGCUCUCCAGUCUGCACGUCAUGACUGCGAUCUGCUCAGGGAGCAGUUUGAAGAGGAGCAGGAGGCCAAGGCUGAGCUUCAGAGAGCCAUGUCUAAGGCCAACAGUGAGGUGGCUCAGUGGAGGACCAAAUAUGAGACUGACGCCAUUCAACGUAACGAUGAGCUGGAAGAAGCAAAGAAAAAACUCACUCAACGUUUGCAAGAUGCAGAAGAGGCCGUUGAGGCUGUGAAUGCCAAAUGUUCCUCAUUGGAGAAGACAAAGCAGAGGCUCCAAGGAGAGGUGGAUGACCUCAUGGCUGAUGUGGAAAGGUCUAAUAUGCAAGCGGCUGUUCUGGAUAAAAAGCAGCGAAGCUUUGAUAAGAUUUUGUCCGAGUCAAAACAAAAGUGUGAAGAGAGCCAGGCUGAGCUGGAAGGUUCACAGAAGGAGUGUCGUUCCCUCAGCACAGAACUCUUCAAAAUAAAGAACUCUUAUGAAGAAGCUUUGGAGCAACUUGAGGUCCUCAAACGAGAGAAUAAGAACUUACAACAGGAGAUCGCCGACCUGACUGACCAGCUUGGUGAGAAUGGAAAAGCCAUUAAUGAGCUGGAGAAGACGAAGAAACAUUCAGAAAAUGAGAAGACUGAGAUCCAGACUGCUUUGGAGGAGGCUGAGGCUUCUCUUGAACACGAGGAAUCCAAAAUUCUCCGUAUCCAGCUGGAACUCACUCAAGUCAAGGGAGAGGUGGAACGCAGGCUGGCUGACAAGGAUGAGGAGAUUGACCAGAUGAAACGCAACCACCAGCGCAUGAUGGAGACUAUGCAGUCCACCUUGGAUGCGGAAGUUCGCAGCAAGAAUGACGCAAUGCGAAUCAGGAAGAAGAUGGAGACUGACCUCAACGAAAUGGAGAUGCAGUUGAGCCAUGCCAAUAGGCAGGCCUCGGAGGCCCAGAAGCAGCUGAGGAGCAUGCAAGCCCACCUCAAAGAGCAAACUCUUCACCUGGACAAUGCAUUGCGGAGCCAGGAGGACCUGAAGGAGCAGGUGGCCAUGGUGGAGCGCAGGAACGUCUUAAUGCAGGCAGAAGUGGAAGAACUGAGGGCUGCACUGGAACAGUCGGACAGAAGCCGCAAACUAGCUGAACAGGAACUGGCUGAGGCCUGUGAGAGAGCUGGACUGUUCCACUCUCAGAGCACUAGUCUUCUCAACUCCAAGAGGAAGCUGGAUGCAGAUGUCAGCCAGCUGCAGGGUGAGCUGGAGGAUGCAGUCCAAGAAGCGCGCAAUGCCGAGGAAAAAGCAAAGAAGGCUAUCACUGAUGCAGCCAUGAUGGCAGAGGAGCUCAAGAAAGAGCAAGACACCAGCAGCCACCUGGAGAGAAUGAAGAAAAACCUGGAGGCCUCAGUGAAGGACCUGCAGCAUCGUCUGGAUGAGGCUGAGAGUCUUGCAUUGAAGGGGGGCAAGAAACAGCUCCAGAAAAUGGAAGCCCGGGUGCGUGAACUUGAGGGUGAAAUGGAGAGUGAACAGAGAAGAGCGGCUGAUGCAGUUAAGGGAAUUCGUAAGUAUGAGAGGCGGAUCAGAGAGCUCACAUACCAGACAGAAGAAGACAAGAAGACCGUUUUGAGGCUGCAGGACCUUGUUGAUAAGCUGCAACUGAAAGUCAAAGCAUACAAGCGGCAGACUGAAGAAGUGGAGGAGCAGGCCAAUGUUUAUCUGGCCAAAUUUAGGAAGGUCCAACAUGAACUAGAAGAGGCCCAAGAGCGAGCAGACAUGGCUGAGUCGCAGGUCAAUAAGAUGAGAACCAAAAGCAGAGAAUUUGGAAAGGCUGCUGAAUCUGACUAGAACUUGAUCACAUCGAGAAGAUCCUCUAUGGUUAUGCGACCUCAAAGCACAAUUAAAAUAACACCUUCAACCUUCAAUAAUACCUUCAACUUAUUGUUUUACUGUGGAAUUGUAUUGGAUUAAAGUGUUGUGAUGCGUUUGUCUCCUUACAGCUGAUUAUAGGUAGAUAUCGAUAUAGCACAUUUAAGUGCUCAACAGUGUCAACAUUUAAAGUUACUUGUCAUUACAGGAAUGCAAUUUCAUCAUGAAUUUCACUGUUUACACCACAUGCUCUUAGCAGUUUUCUUCCCAAAUCAUGGAAACUAGCUACAACUUGUUUUUGUAGCUCGUACUGAAUAAUAUUAAACAAUUCACUGGCUAAGGUUUGAUUUGUUAAUUAUUUUAUGAUUCAUUUUUAUCAUUAUUUUUUAUGCAUAUUU